AUGGCGUCUCAAAUCUCCAAGAAAAGAAAAUUCGUAGCCGACGGUGUCUUCCGCGCCGAACUCGGUGAAUUCUUCACCCGCGAACUGGCCGAGGAGGGAUACUCUGGAUGUGAAGUCCGUGUCACGCACGCCCGGACCGAAAUUAUCAUCCGUGCGACUCGUACCCAAGACGUGUUGGGUGAAAAGGGACGCAGGAUCAGGGAGCUCACGUCGCUUAUCCAAAAGCGGUUCAAGUUCCCCGAAAACUCGCUCGAUCUGUAUGCUGAAAAGGUGCAGAGCCGUGGUCUUUCGGCUGUUGCGCAGUGCGAGUCGUUGCGGUACAAGUUAUUGGGUGGACUCGCUGUUCGUCGUGCAUGCUAUGGUGUGCUCCGAUUCGUUAUGGAGUCUGGUGCCAAGGGUUGCGAAGUCGUCGUUUCUGGCAAGUUGCGCGCUGCUCGUGCCAAGUCGAUGAAGUUCACCGACGGCUUCAUGAUUCACUCUGGUCAGCCCGCUCGUGACUUUGUGGACUAUGCUGUCCGACACGUUCUCCUCCGUCAGGGUGUUUUGGGUAUCAAAGUCAAGAUCAUGAAGGGCUGGGACCCUACUGGCAACCUUGGCCCCAAGAAGCCUUUGCCGGAUACCGUCACGAUCCAGGAGCCUCCUAUUGACAAGGUCGUUGCGGAGCCCACGUCCGAGCACGCUGGUGCCGCCGAGCCCAUUUCCGCACCUGCACCUGCCGCAGAGGACUAUGGUGUCACGGAGGAGGCGACAUACGGGGAUGCUCCUGCCGAGGAACAACCGACUGCUUGA